CCGCACCGCACCGCACCGCGCGGCUCCGGCAGCGCCGAGGGUCUCCGUGCCGCGGGGGGGGCGCGGCAGCGGCAGCGGCGGGGCUCGGCGGCUGUGGGUGCACGUGUCGUGUCCCCCCACACGCACAAAAUUUGCUGUGUUUUUUUUCUUCUUCUUCUCUCCAGCGUGAGCAGUGGGGGGAAAUUUUUUCAUUUUUCACUGCAGUUUUUAAUUUUUCAGUUCCAAGGGUUGCGUUAUUUUUCAAGCCCCGAAUUGCGUAGCGACCAGCGGAGCAUGCGAUGCCACAUGAGCUGAUGCACAAAGCUGUCUGCAUCCUGAAGAAGACCACAGAAUGCCUGGGAAAGGAGAACUCCAAAAAAGACCUCCAGUUCGAGAUGGCUCCCCAAACACAACUUGAGCAUACAGUUGCCUUCAUAGAAGAGGUCUCUAGAGCCAACCCAGAUGCGGUGAUAGGUGUUGUACCUCUUGUCCAGUUCACGUCAUCACUCAUGAAGCUAAUGACUCUAUUGAGAGAGGUGAAAUAGCUCCUGAUGUUGAACCAAGCCAGUAUUCCAGAUUCUGCUUUAGCAAUAUAUGAGAAAAGGAACAGUUUUGCAAAGUAUAUUGGAAACCUUGAACUUGUUCAGCUGUACAACAAGCUAAUGCAGACUCUUCUGCAGGUAGGAUAUCCUCUGAUAGAAAAAGAGCUGAGAGCUGUUGAUGACCAGCUGAAAGAAGCAAAGAAAUACACGUGCCAGAUGGCAACCUGCUGGGACUGUAUCAAACAAGUGAAAAUGUCAGUGUGUGAUUUAGAGCAGAGAGUUCAACAAUCAAACGCUAAUGUUAGAGCAGUCCAUCAGGUUAUGAAUGAUUGGAUGGAACAUGUCCUCUUUUUCAGGAAGGUUAAAAAAGAAGUUUUAUUAAGCCCAGAUGACAAAGAAAGAAUUGCUAAAAGAUACAAAAUGCCACAAGAAGAUAGCUACCAGAUCCAUCAUCUUGUAGAGGGAAAUUUAAAGCUCUUCAAAGCAUAUUCCUCCUCAGCCUCUUGGAAGAUUUGUGUAGAGUACAUUGAUGACAUUGUAGCUGAUGGCUUAUAUAAGACCAUAGUACAUUCUUUAGACUUGGAGAACACACAGGAAAGCUUGAAGGCAGCAGCUCCACUUUUCCAAGCACAAACUAUCCUUAAUGCCACAUGAAUUGGAUUUAAACCUUUGCUAGAUAAAGAGGCUGGUGAUGGCUUUUAUGAUCUAGUAGAUUAACUUCUGGUCAUUUUUUUCAAAAUGUUUGCCCAAGUGAAAAGGGUAGCAACACACCUGGAAGCAGAAUAUUAACAAAAUGAUAUGGACAACAUAUUAGAUCUGUCUGAAAUUAGGCAGGAGAUCAUGGAGAGAGUGGCAGAUGUUAUCAUCAAAGCCCUAGAAUAGAGAAAUUCUCUUUAUACCUAUGCCUGUCUCUGGCUAGAUGACCAGUCGGAGUUUAUGAAGCAGCUUCUUCUCUGUAGUCAUAGUUUAACAUGUGAAGAGGUGUCUCAUGCUGAUGAAGUUUAUGAAAAGCCUCCCACUACUAAACAGUUUAAAGAGCAGAUUGACAUCUGUGAAAAUCUCUGUGUCCAGAUGAGCAAGUUUGAAGACUUUAGAAUUUUUGAGAGCUGAUUUAAGGUGGAUAUGAAGCCUUUCAAAAUGAGUUUGCUAAGCAUUAUUAAGAAAUGGACCUGAAUAUUGAAGGAAUACCUCUUAAGAUUUGUUGUUAUUAGUCUGGCUGACUUAGAAGAAUUCAUAAAAUUGACAGAUGCCGGACUUCAAAGAGAGGUGAAUAAGGGAGAUUAUUGUUGGAUGGUGGAAAUCACAGGUCAUCUCUUGGCUGUGAAAGAGAAUAGCUAUUGCUGAAUUUUUGAACCUUUAAAAGAGAUGCUUAUGCUGUUGGAAAGCUAUGGACAGAAGAUUCCAGACCAAGUUUAUAUCCAUUUAGAGAAAUUGUCUGAAAAAUGGAAUGCCAUUAAAAGGAUAGCUGUGUCUGUAAAGCACAAAGUAACUCCUUUUCAGACUUCUGAGGCUGCAGUUAGCCGAAGCAAAAUGUGCUGCAUUUGAUAACAGCAGAAGCAAAUAGAAUUCAGAGAAAGAUUUAAAAUGAAAGCUCUUUUUCAGAUUGCAGAAGAUCCAUAUGCUCUUGAUAAGGCAAAUCAAGAGGUUGAGAUGCUGAGAAAAGAAAUGUUACCAAUGCAGGAAUCCGCAAAGCUAUUUGAAGCAGUUAUUCCAGACUACAAGCAAAUGAAACAAUGUCAAAAAGAAAUACAGUUGCUCAAGUAAGUGUGGGAUAUCAGUGUUUAAACUAAUAGCAGCAUUGAUGAUUGGACUAAAACCCAGCGGAGACAGAUUAAUGUGGAACAGAUGGAUGUAGAGCUCAGAAGGUUUGCCAAGAAAAUAUGGUCUUUGGAUAAGGAAGUUCUUUCCUGAGUUGUAUAUACAGGCUUGGAGUUGAAGGUGAAGGAUCUGAUGACAUCACUGAGGGCAAUGCUGGAGUUGUAAAAUCCUGCCAUCAGAGGGCUUUUAGUAGCAAAUGAUACUGCCUUGACAGACCUUUUGGGACUCCAGCUUCGUGAAGUGAAAGAUGAAGUCCAAAGAACAGUUCACAAAGCUGUGAAAGAGUUGAGUACUGAAAAGAUUCUUGCAGAAAUCAGCCAAACAUGGGCUGCCAUGGAAUUUUCUUAUGAAGACUAUCACAGGAGUAGAGCUCCUUUAUUAAAAUCAGAUGAACAACUGCUUGAAACUUUAUAAAACAGUCAGGUUCAUCUCCAAGCAAUUCCGAAAAGUAUAUAUGUGGAAUAUUUCACUGAAUAAGUGAAAAGUUGGCAAAAUAAAUGAAACAUGGUAGAUUCUGUCGUUUCCGUUUGGAUGGGAGUUCAACAUGCACGGUCUCAUCUAGAAAGUAUUUUAAUUGAAUCUGAAGAUAUCAGAACCCAGCUGCCUGAGGGUGCAAACAGAUUUGAUGGAAUCAAUACUGACUUCAAAGAAUUAAUGAUUGACACAGCAAAUACAAAAAAUGUGAUAGAAGCUACAACCAAACCAAAGCUAUAUGAAAAAUGUGAAGCUUUGCAGCACAGGCUCUCUCUUUGUGAAAAAGCUCUGGCUGAAUAUUUAGAAACCAAGUGCAUAGCUUUUCCUUGCUUCUGUUUUGUUUUUUCAGCUGAUUUCUUGGACAUUAUUUCAAAAUAAUGUUUGUCUACAGGAGGGCAAAUUUCCAGAUUACCCUGUGAGAUGAGCCAUCAUCUUACCAAAUGUUUUGACAAUGCUGGUCUUAAAUUUCAAGAGAAUAAAGAAGACUCUACAAAUGCUGCCCUUGGAAUGUACAGCAGAGAAAUGGAGUAUGUUCUAUUCCGUGAAGAAUGCAGAUGCAAUGGUCAGAUAUAGGCUUGGUUGCAACACCUUCAGGAAACUGUACACAAAACCAUGCGUCUCUGCAUUACGGAGGCAAUAUUAGCUUGUGAAGAAACAGAACAGUGGGUUGACUACUCAGUCCAAGUUGUUACUAGUUCACGAAUCUCGUGGGUUUCAGAUAUAGAAAUAGCACUCGCUAGGCUGGAAGAGGGCUUGGAAUCAGCCCUGAAGGCUUACAACAAUAAGCAGGUCACAUAACUAAAUGCUCUUAUUGCCCUGUUGCUCAGAUAACUUUCCUCAGGUGACUGACAGAAGAUCACGACCAUUUGCACCAUAGAUGUUCAUGCUAAAGAUGUGAUAGCAAGCCUCGUAGCUCAAACGGUCACCAGUUCCCAAGCUUUUGCUUGGUUGUCACAGCUGCGCAAUAGAUGGGAUGAAGCCCAGAAGCACUGUUUUGCCAGCAUUUGCAAUGUUCAAUUCCAGUACUUUUCUGAGUACCUGGGAAAUACCCCUCAGCUAGUUACUACACCUUUAACUGACAGGUGUUAUAUUACUCUAACCCAGUCUCUUCACCUAACGAUGAGUGGUGCUUCUGCAGGACCAGCUGGCACGGGUAAAACAGAAACCACCAAAGAUCUGGACCAUGCCCUUGGUAUGAUGUAUGCCUUCAGCUGUUCUGAGCAAAUGGAUUACAAAUCUAUAGGGAAUAUCUUUAAAGGUUUGGUCCAGUCAGGAGCUUGGGGAUGCUUUGAAUUCCGUCGCAUCUCAGUAGAAGUUCUGUCAAUGGUGGCCAUGCAAGUAAAGACUAUCCAUGAUGCAAUGAGAAACAAGAAAAAAUUUUUUUUCCUUGGUGAAAACAUUACAUUGAAAUCAUCAGUUGAGAUAUUUAACAACCCAGGAUAUACAGGUUGGACAGAACUACCUGAAAAUCUGAAAGCACUUUUCAGACCCUGUGCCAUGGUGGUUCCUGACAUUGAACUGAUCUGUGAAAUUACGCUGGUUGCUGAAGGGUUUAUUGAUGCGUGCUUGUUAGCCAGGAAGUUUAUUACCUUCUGUACUCUCUGCAGGAAGCUGCUUUCUAGACAGGACCACUACGACUAGGGACUUCAUGCUAUAAAGUCAGUUUUGGUAGUUGCUGGCUUGCUGAAAUGAGACAAGUACAGACCUGAGGAUCAGGUACAUAUGCAAGCCUUAAGAGACUUCAGUUUGCCUAAAAUAGUGACAUAUAUACCAGUUUUCAUGGGCCUGAUCAGUGACCUGUUUCUGGCUCUGGAUGUUCAGAGGAAGAGGGACCUGCAAUUUGAACAGAUGGUUAAACAAUCUACCCUAGCGCUUGCUUUGCCACCUGAAGAGAGCUUUAUUCUCAAAGUUCUUCAGUUGGACGAGCUGCUGGCAGUGCAUCAUGUGCAUGUCGUUGGAAAUGCAGGGACCGAAGAGAAUAAGGUUCUGAAAAUUCUGCAUCACACAUACUUGAACAUGAAACAAAAGGGUGUUUGGAAUGACCUUAACCCAAAAGCUGUGAUAACUAAUAAACUGUUUGGUUUUAUACAUCAUUCAAGCAGAGAAUAGAAAAAUAGUCCUUAUCUCCUGUCUUCUCUUCUGAGAGAGCAAGCUAAUGUUACCUAAGAUGGGCCAAAAUGAUUAGUUUUACAUGGUGAUAUAGAUCCCAUGUGGAUUGAGCCGCUCAACACUGUUAUGGAUGAUGAUAAGGUUCUGACUCUCACAAGCAACGAACAUGUGCUUACAACUCCAUCAAUGCGGCUGCUGUUUCAGGUACACCAUUUAAGAACUGCUACUCCACCUACAAUGUCUGGAGCUGCUGUUCUCUGUCUGAACACCCAGGAUCUUGAGUGAAAUCCGUAUGUUGCCAGCUGGAUAGAAACAAGGAGACGCCAAUCAGAAAAGGCUAACCUGACUAUUCUCUUUGAUAAAUACGUGCCUCUAGUUAGAACAAGCUUUAAAACUGUCACAGCUAUUCCUGAGAAUAGUAUGGUCCAGACACUCUGUUCUCUAUUGGAUUGUUUGCUGACCCCUGAAAAUGUGCCUCUGGAUUGCCCCGGGGAGCUCUAUGAGAUGUAUUUUGCUUUGCUUUGUAUUUGGGCACUUGGUGGGUCUCGCUCUCAAGAUCAAGUUUCAAAUUACCAAGCUGAAUUCAGCCACUGGUGGCUUAAGAAGAUAAAGGCAGUGAAGUUUUCAUCCCAGGGCACUGCGUUUGAUUAUUAUCUUGAUCCAAAGACAAGGAAAUUCAUGCCCUGGACAGAUAAGGUUUCAAAUCUUGAUGUGGGCUCAGAUGCACCUUUACAAGCAAUCCUUGUUCACACAUCUGAGAUGGCAUGUCUCAAAUAUUUUAUUGAUUUUUGACUCUUAGCAAAAGGGAAACCAGUCAUGCUUGUUGCAAAUGCUGGAGCAGGAAAAACAGUGUUUGUAGGCGAUAGGCUUGCUGCUCUCUCUAAUGACUACCUGCUAGCUAACGUUCCUCUCAGCUACUGUACGACGUCAGCAGUGCUGCAAAAGAUGCUUGUAACAAAGGUGGAGAAAAAAGCUGGUCGUAACUAUGAUCCAGUAGGAAAUAAAAUACUUACCUAUUUUAUUGAUGACUUAAAUAUGCCUAAAGUGGACAGAUAUGGAACAGUUCAACCUCAUGUACUGAUAUGGCAACAUAUAGAUUAUGAACACUGGAAUGAUAGGCAGAAGCUAACUAUUAAAGAAAUUAAUAAUUGUCAGUAUGCUGCCUGUAUGAAUCCAAAUGCUGGCAGCUUCACUAUCAACCAUAGGCUCCAGAGGCAUUUUGCAGUAUUUGCUUUGAACUUCCCUUCUUCAAAUUCCCUGAUUACCAUCUGCAGCAAGAUAGUUUGCUUCCACUUUCAGCAACAAGCUUUUGUUCCAUCAGUAUUCCAAAAUAUUCUGACAAUAGUACAAGCAGCCAUAUGGCUUCACCAGACAGUCAUUCAAAACUUCCCACCAACUGCUGUUAAGUUCUACUAUAUCUUUAACCUGAGAGACCUCUCCAUCAUCUUCCAGGAAUAUAUCAUUGGCAUUCUAUUUGUUACACGUGAAUGUUUGCAGCAACCAAAUGAUCUUAUAUGACUUUGGCUUCAUGAAUCAGCACAUGUUUAUAGGGAUAAAUUGGUGGAAAUGAACGACUGUAAUUUCUUCCAUAAAAUGAUAUUGGACACUAGGCACAGGUAUUUUGAGGCAGGAGCUGUGUGCCAGAUCAGUUGUACCCUGGAAACCCCUGGGGGUUAUGCACUUCUGAUCAGAGUAGGUGGUAGUGGUAAAUAAAGCUAGCUGAAGCUGGCAGCAUGCAUCUCUUCUCUGGAGGUUUGCCAAAUCACACUGAAGAAAAGCUAUGGGUUCCCAGACCAAAGGGUAGAUUUUGCCAAUUCGUACAUCAAGACUGGUGCCAAGGACCUGCCCAGAGUGUUUUUGCUGACAGAUGCCCAGGUUCCAGAUGAACACUUUCUUGUGCUGAUUAAUGACUUGUUGGCAUCAGGAGAGAUUCCAGAUCUGUUCAGUGAUGAAGAUAGGGAGGGAAGAAUUACAGGAAUUAGGAGAGAAGUCCGAGGCCUAGGCUUGACUGACACUAGAGAAAACUGAUGGAGAUUCUUUUUGGAUAGAUUAUCCCAGUUACUCAAGAUCAUUCUGUGUUUCUCUCCAGUUGGUUCCAUGCUGAGAGUUCGAGCUCAGAAGUUCCCAGCCAUAGUUAACUGUGCUGCUAUUGACUGGUUUCAUGAGUGGCCGCAGGAGGCCCUGCACUCUGUCAGCAGGAGAUUCAUUAAGGAAACAGAGGGGAUUGAGCCACUUAUUCAGGACUCCAUUAGCGAUUUCAUGGCUUAUGCCCACACCAGUGUGAAUGCACUGAGUGCCAAAUACAAUCAUAAUGAGAAGCAAUACCAUUACACCACUCCAAAGAGUUUUCUGGAGCAAAUCAUGCUUUAUAAGAUCCUGUCAGAGAAAAAAGGCAAGGAGAUGUCAGAACACAUGGAACGCUUGGUGAACGGCAUACAGAAGAUAAAGACAAUGGCUUUUCAGGCAGAAGAUCUAAUAUCCAAACUUGCUUCUCAAGGGGCAGAACUGUAACUGAGAAAUCAAGAUGCUGAAGCUUUGAUUGCGAAGACAGGGUUUCAGACUGAGAAAGUGAGCCAAGAAAAGGCCAUUGCAGAUGCAGAGGAGCAAAAGGUAGGAGAAAUCGAAGCAGAAGUAUAUCUGAAGCAGAAAGAGUGUGAAGAUGACCUGGUGAAAGCUGAACUUGUUACAGCAACCUUAGGUACACUUAAUAAGGUCAGUCUUACAGAACUGAAAGCCUUCACCAACCCUGCAAUGACUGUAACCAAUGUUACUGCUGCAGUAAUGGUUUUACUGGCAUAUAAAGGGAAAGUGCCCAAAGAACGAAGCUGGAAAGCUGCAAAACUUUUCUUCUUGCAGGUUGAUGACUUCUUACAAGCUUUAAUCAACUAUGAUAAGGAACAUAUUCCUGAGAGUUGUCUAGAAGUUGUCAAGGAACAUUACUUGAAAGAUCCAGAUUUCAACCCAAAUUAUGUUCAUACAAAGCACUUUGCAGCAACCAAACUUUUGUCUAAUAAACCUGUGUUGUAUGCCUUUUUCAAGGUGUAUUGUGAGGUACAGCCAAAACGUUGUGCAUUAGCUCAGGCAAAUGCUGAAUUAGCAGCAGCUACCAAAAAGCUAGCAGCAAUCAGGAAGAAGCUUCUUCCUGUGAAAAGCUUCCAUUCCUUACUUCAGUUGUAUCCUUCCAUUGCCCAUAAAAACAAGCAAUCCAGUUCUCUAAUGUUGGACCAAUUCUUGAUGCUCUGGAUAGCAAUGUGCCAGCUCUCAGCUUCAUUCGAGAAAGCAAUUGCAGAGGAAGUCUGAUGUCAAGAUGAUGUUAACUGAACAAACAAAACUAUUCAGCUGGCCAACAGGCUGGUCAAAGGACUUGAGUCUGAAAACAUGCAUUGGAGCCAAUCCAUUGAUAAGCUCAAGGCACAAAAGAAAACUUUAUGUGUUGAUUCAUUAACAGCCGCUUUUGUGUCUUACAUUGCAAAACAGUAUCACCAGGAACUGAUGGACCAUCUCUGGGCUCCUUUUCUAAAGUCACAAAAGGUUCGUGUUCCUGUAACCGAAGGCCUGGACCUGAUUGCUGUGUUGACUGAAGAUGCUACGAUCGCAGCAUGGAAUAACGAGGGACUGCCUGGGAGAGUGUCAGCAGCAAAUGCCACUCUCCUAACGCACUGAGAGCGCUGGCCUCCAAUGAUGGAUCCGCAGCAGCAGGAAAUUAAAUGGAUAAAGAAUAAAUAUGGGGCUGACCUUAAAGUCAUACGUUUAGGACAGAAAAGUUUUCUGAAGGCUAUUGAAAGAGCUUUGGCUUGUGGAGACACUGUAUUAAUGGAAAACAUGGGUGAAUCUGUUGAUCCCGUACUUGGUCCCCUGCUUGGAAGAAAUACAGUUAAAAUGGGAAAAUAAAUCAGAAUUGAAGACAAAGAACGUGAAUUCAACAAGAGUUUCCAUCUCAUCCUUCACACUGAUCUGGCUAACACCCACUACAAGCUAGAACUGCAGGCUCACACCACCUCCAUUAAUUUCACUGUCACCAGAGAUGGGCUGGAAGACCAGCUGUUGGCUGAGGUUGCUAGUGCUGAAAGGCCAGACUUAGAAGAAAAAUAAGUCCUGACCAAAGAUCAGAACUAUUUCAAGACUGAGCUCAAGCAGCUUGGGGACAACAUGCUGCUCAGUCUGUUGGCUGCCCCAUGUAGUUCCUUAGGUGACAGUGAACUUGUGGAGAAACUUCAAUCAAUGAAGUCAACUGCAGCUGAAAUACAGUGCAAGAUAGCUGAAGCCAAAGAAAAUGAAGCUCAAAUUAACAAGGCAAGAAAGCAUUAUAGACCAACAGCCAUAAGAGCAUCUAUUUUUUACUUUGUUAGUAGCAGUCUGGUCAACAUCAACCCCAUGUACCAUUUCUCACCAAAGGUCUUCAAUGCAGUCUUCCACAAAGCAAUCCAACAGGCUGAAGAAUCAGGAGAUACUCAGUGACAUAUCUCUAACACAACAGAAGCUGUCACCUACUCAACCUUUCUUUUCACAAGCCAAGGACUUUUUGAAAAGGAUAAGCUCAUUUUCCUGGCCCAGAUAGCUUUUCAAAUUCUUCUAAGUAAAGAGAUAGAACUCCUUGAAUUUGAUUUCCUUCUUCGAUUCACAAUUGAACACACUUAUGAGAAUCCUGUUGACUUUUUAACUACUCAGUCAUGGAGUGCCAUUAGGGCUAUUGCACUGAUGGAUGUGUUCAGAGGGUUAGGUAAAGAUACUGAAGAAUCCACCAAGAGCUGGAAGAAGUGGGACUCACAAUGUCCAGAAAAGGAAAAGCUCACUCAGGAAUGGAAAACCAAAAGCUCCCUUCAGAAACUGAUCAUGUUGAGGGCGUUCCAUCCAGAUAGAAUGACAUGCACUCUUAGUGCUGGUCUUGUAGGCCUGAUCCUCCAAACCCCACCACCACUGCUGUUACCCCAUUUAAUGCCAUAUGAAGAGAGCAGCCCAGCCACUCCUGUGUUCUUCAUUCUGUCUCCAGGAGCAGACCUUCUUAAAGAUAUUUCUUUUACAGGCAAAAAGCCUGGGUUUACUAUAGACUCUGGAAGAUUUCAUAACAUCUCUUUAGGACAAGGGCAGGAGGUGGUUGCAGAGGAGGCACUAGAGAAGGCUGCCAAACAUGGCCAUUGGGUCAUUCUCCAAGAUAUUCAUCUAGUAGCCAAGUGGCUAGGAAUCUUGGAAAAACUCCUCGAGCAAUACAGUGAAUUAAGUCAUUCUGAUUUCCAUGUCUUUAUUAGUGCUGAACCAGUUCCAACUCCAGAAGAGCACAUCAUUCCUCAAGGAAUACUAGAAAACUCAAUUAAAGUUGCCAGUGAACCUCCUACGGGGAUGCUAGCUAAUUUACAUGCUGCACUCUACACUUUUGACCAGGAUACCCUUGAACUGUGCACCAGAGAGCAGGAAUUUAGGAGCAUCCUUUUCUCUCUGUGCUAUUUUCCCACUUGCAUCGCUGGGAGAUUGCAGUUUGGCCCUCAAGGCUGGAAUCACAGAUACCUGUUCUGUACUAGAGACCUCACCACCUGUGUCAACAUCCUCUGCAACUAUUUAGAGACACAUAAGAAGAUUUCAUGGGAAGACUUGUGUUAUCUCUUUGGUGAGAUUAUGUAUGGUAGCCACAUCACUAACGACUGGGACCGCAAGCUCUGUUAUACAUAUCUGCAAGAAUUCAUAAGCCCACCUAUGAUUCAAGAGGGACUGGUUCUGGCACCAGGUUUCUUGGUCCCACCAAAUCUGAACUAUGCUGGAUGCCAUAAAUACAUAGAUGAAAUGCUUUCACCUGAAAGCCCAGUACUAAAUGGGCCGCACCCCAGUGCUGCAAUAGGAUAAUUAACAGCAACAUCAGAUAAUCUCUUCAAAAUUCUUUUGGAAAUGCAACCGAGGAGUUCAUUUGCAGGAGAGGGAUUCAAGGCCAAUCUGCAGAGGAAAAGUGUUAAGAAUGUCCUGGAUAAUAUUCUGGAGAAACUCCCUGAAGAGUUUGACAAGGCAGAGAUUGUGCAGAAGACUACUGUGUCACACCCCUAUGCUCUUCUUUGCUUUCAAGAAUGUGAGAGGAUGAACCUUGUCAUUUCAGAGAUAGCUCUUGAACAGCUGGACCUUGGUCUGAAAGGGGAGCUGAUGUUUUCUCCUGACAUGGAAUUGCUGCAAUCUGCACUCUUCUAUGAUGCUGUGACAGAUGCAUGGACUAAACUAGCAUAUCCAUCCAAGUACAGCCUUGCUCACUGGGUUACUAAUUUUCUCAAGAGAUAUGGAGAACUUGACAUCUGUAUGCAGGACCUUGUGCUGCCAGCAGUAGUGUGGCUCUUUGGCUUGUUCAAUCCUCAGUCCUUUCUGACAGCUGUUAUGCAGAGCAUGUCAUGCAAGAACAUCUGGCCUUUGGAUAAGGUGUGCUUGACUGUAGAUGUUACCAGAAGGACCAAAGAAGAUUAUGGCCACCCACCAAGGGACAGAGCCUGUAUCUGUGUGCUUUUUAUGGAAAAAGCCAGGUGGGAUAUGCAGCUGGGGACCAUAGCUGAAGCCCAGCUCAACAAAUUGAUUCCAGCAACGCCAGUCAUUAUUGUAAGGGCUAUUCUAGUGAAUCGAAAGGAAAAUAAAUGUCCGGUAUAUAAAACUAAAAGCAGAGGGCAUACUUACAUUUGGAGUUUUAAUCUGAAAAGCAAGGAGAAGCCAGCUAAGUGGGUUCUGGGAGUAACUUUACUCUUAGCAGUUUAAUACUAAGCCUAUAACAGUAUAUGCUGCUUUCUCAGUCUGCCUUGUAGUUAAAGCAAAAGGAGAUAAAUACUUUUCACCAUCAGCUAGCACAGCCGAUUUGCCUCACAAAAGCACAUUCCUCAGUGAAAUACUAUAAUGUGUUCUAUGUUGUUAUUUCCUUGUCCUUCACUGCUGUGUGCGGGCGUUUCUCCAUAUAAUGAUUAUACUGCAAGCGUUUCUUCAUUAUACUGGUUAUGGGAAAGUAAAUGGGAAAUAUCAUAGCAGCUCAGUGUACUGUUUGACUCACAAAUGUUUCUCUUGAUUA